GCAGUCACUGGCUCCGCCCCCCUCUCUCGCCCCGCCCCUGUACUGGCUCCGCGUGGUUCUCUAGAGCCACAGCUCAGACUCGGUGGUCUCCAGGCAGCCCCAGUUUGGCGUGCUUAGGCAGAGGGAACCGCAAGCCCCCAAGUGGUCCGUUUGUGGCUUCUCCCCGAAAAAGAUCGAGGAACGCGGUCUGCAGGCAAAAUUGGACUCCACCGGCUUCUGACGACAAGCCAGGGACUGAGAGUCUCCGAGUCCCGGACAAGUGAUUGUCCCCAGGGGAGGGACAGGCCGGGGACGCCAUCCAGACCGCCAUGGCCGCGCCCGCCCGCCGUCUGUGCCAUAUCGCUUUCCACGUGCCGGCAGGGCUGCCCCUCGCCCGGGAUCUGCAGCGCCUCUUCGGCUUCCAGCCCCUGGCGGUGCGGGAAGCAGACGGCUGGCGGCAGCUGGCUCUGCGGAGCGGCGACGCGGUCUUUUUGGUGAACGAGGGCGCGGGGCCCGCAGAGCCGCUGUACGGCCUGGACCCGCAUCAUGCGGUGCCCAGUGCCACGAACCUGUGCUUCGACGUGGCGGACGCGGGCGCCGCCACCCGGGCGCUGGCGGCGCUCGGCUGCAGCGUGCCGGUGCCCCCUGUCAGCGUGCGGGAUGAGCAGGGCGCCGCCACCUACGCCGUGAUCAGCUCGCCGGCCGGCAACCUCAGCCUGACGCUGCUGGACCGCACUGGCUUCUGCGGGCCCUUUCUGCCCGGCUUUAGGCCUGUGCCCUCCGCACCUGGCCCGGGCUGGGUCAGCCACGUGGACCACCUGACCUUGGCCUGCACCCCCAGCAGCUCCCCAAAACUGAUGCGCUGGUUCCACGACUGUCUAGGCUUUCACCACCUGCCGCUGAGCCCAGGUGAGGAUCCGGAGCUGGGCCUGGAGGUGGCAGCAGAGUCCGGGCCCGGGGGGCUGAGGCUCACUGCCCUGCGGGCCCCUACGGGUAGUGCUGUCCCUACCCUCGUGCUGGCCGAGUCCCUGCUGGGGGUCACCAGCCGACAGGACCAGGUGGAGCAGUUCCUGGCCCGGAACGGGGGACCUGGACUGCAGCACGUGGGGUUAUACACACCAAAUAUCAUGAAAGCCACUGAGGGUGUGGUAGGGGCCGGGGGUCAGCUCCUGACUCCUCCUGAGGCCUACUACCAGCAGCCAGGCAAGGAGAAGCAGAUCCUGGCUGCAGGGCUAGAGCCUAGCCUGCUGGCCCGACAGGGGGUCUUGCUAGAUGGUGACAGAGGCAAGUUUCUGCUUCAGGUCUUCACCAAGUCCCUCUUUGCAGAGGACACUUUCUUCCUGGAGCUGAUUCAGAGGCAGGGGACCACUGGAUUUGGCCAGGGCAACAUUCGGGCCCUGUGGCAGUCCGUGCAGGAGCAAGCUGCCAGGGUCCAGGAAGCCUGAGAAGGGCUGAAGCUGGGUGUAGCCGCCUGUCCUGGAGCACUGGGGAGUCCAGCACAGGGCCUGCUGGAACUGAGAGACACCCACAGAGGCCUGGAGUGAAAGGCUUUGUCUUUAGGAGCCAGGUGUGGCCUCCAUCUCAUCGUGCCAGAAGUUGAAUCUCACAGGGGUCCAAAGAGAUGGGACUUUUUUUUAAACUGUGAAACGUUUCUCAUAUUGUCUAUAUCUAACAUAUAUGCAAAAUGUAAAGAAUAAAGGAAUUACACAAUUAGGAAAUAGAACAUAACCAAUAUUUUUGAACCCUCCUUGUGUCCUUCUCUGACCCCAUUUCUCUCCACCACACUCCCAAUAUUAUGAUUAAAACCCCUCUGCUUUUCUGUAUUGUUUCACUGCAUAUGUAAUGUAUCCCUAAA